UUGACUUGGAAACCGUGGUGGCGUCGUUAGUGAAGUUGUAGGACGUCACAAUCACUGCAGGGUAGACACAGAUACACGCAACUGCCAUGAACUACUCAGCGUCCCGCUUUCUGCUGUAAUUUGUUCAGAUUUUGUUUGCAGGCUCGGGCUCUUUGUUGAAGAACCUUAGUUUUGCUGCGUCAUCAAAACGUUAAGAACGCUAGUUAGCCACCGUUAGCACGUAGCAAGCUAGCUAAUUUGGCUAACUUUAGCUGCGGUCUCACACAAAGGUUGCUUUUUCGAGCAGCAUGUGCCGAGAUUUAACUGUGAUUUCGUUCCAGUGUCUUCUAUGUAUACAAAAAUAUAAGUUAGCAGAUAAAAGCUAACUGUGUGGGUACGUAGAACCAUCAAGGAGAAGAUUUUGUUAAGUAUUAUCCCUGUUUUUUUAUUUAUAGAAUGAAAGCCUUACUUUCCUUUUACUCUCAGAAUGAGUCACAUUGAAGCGCCUGAAGAUGCCAGCAGGUAAGAGGGGUAAGAAUGAUGACCGGGAAAAGACCCGGGAGAGAUUCAAUUUGAUGCUCAAGACAUUUGCUGCGCCACAGAAGAAAAAGUCGACAAAGAAAAAAAGCACUGAACCUACAGAAACCAUUGUGCUCCAGAAUCUGAAAGAUAAUGUCAGUCUCAAGAAGGACACAGAAGAUGAUGAGACCAUCCUGCAGAACACAUAUGACCCUGAACAGGGCAGCCCUCGCUACACCAAGAACAAAAGGAGAGAGUGGGAAAUUGUCGAAAAGGUUAACAUCAAAAACAGUAUAAAUGAAGAGGAGGUUCCAACAUCAUCUGUCAAGAGGAAGGGUAAGAGGGAGCUUCCCCCUCUCCCCAUACCAGAUGCAAAAAGUUUCAUACAGAGGAACAUAGAUGCCGUCAAGUUUGGGGAGGAUGGAAAGCGGAAAAGCAAAAAGGGGAAAAACAAAGGAGAAACAGAGAGUCGAGUGGAGGAUGCUGAGGACACACUGCUGAAUGAAUACCAGCAGCAGAUUGCUCAGGAGGAAGCAAGCUCUCCAAAAAAGUCAACGGAAAUAAUGAAUAAUGAAGUUGGGAAGAAGAAAAAGAAGAAGCUGAAAUCUGUACUUACAGACUCGGAUUUUGGGGAACAAGAUGAAGGUGUGGAAUACAAGGGGAAGAAGAAAAAGAAGAAGAAGAAGCAUGUUGUCACAGAAGAGAGUGAAACAGAGGCAGACGCACAGCAGAAAUCCACAUGUGAUGACGACAGCUUUGUGCUGGGAGUUUACGUUCACAGAACAGAUCGCCUUAAAACUGACCUAAUGAUCUCGCACCCGAUGGUGAAGAUCCAUGUUGUCGAUGAAAUCACUGGACAGUAUGUGAAGAAAGAAGACUGCCAUCGGCCAGUGUCCUCCUUUUAUGAGCAAGAGAGCGUUGACCACAUUCUUCCCAUCAUGACGCAGCCUUUUGACUUUAAGAAGAACAAGUCAGUCAUCCCUGAGUGGCAGGAACAGAUCAUCUUCAACGAACGCUUUGGUCACUUUGUUGAACAAAACGACGAAAGCCCCCGAGUCAUACUUUUCUUUGAAAUCCUGGACUUCAUAUCUAUGGAGGAAGCAAAGGCCAACGUUGGUGGUGACGAGCACGAACAGGGAUUCAGGAAGAUAGCAUGGGCGUUCCUCAAGCUCGUUGGCACAAAUGGUGUGCUGAACGUCGACAGUAAGCUUCGUCUCCAGCUCUUCUGUCCCCCACCUCGAGCAAAGAGGCAACCUAAGACAGUAGAGGUGUUCGAGUGGUGGAGGAAGUAUCCACGAAUCAAAUAUGCAUCCACGCUUUAUGUUACAGUGAAAGGCAUUAAACUCCCCGAGCAUGUGGACCCUUGUAUACGCUCCAUGAUGGCUUUACAGGAGGAGCGAGGCAGCACCUCUUACAGUGAGCUGCAGAAUGAGGUCACUAAGAGGAGCCUGGCGCAGCCUCGAGACGACAGUCCACCAGCGCUGAGAUGGAGCAGGCUGCCGGGUCAGAUCUGCCGGAUUCCUAACAAGCCCGUGCUGGCGUUCCGUGGUGGUCACAUGGGCUGUUUCACUGUGCUCUUCUCUCAUGCUGGGACUGUGCUGGCUGCUGCUUGUGCUGACAGAGAUGCUUUCCCUGUUGUGGUUUAUCAGAUUCCCUCUGGAAAGGUUCUGGCUGCCUUUACUGGUCAUCUUAAAAUAGUGUAUGAUCUCUGCUGGUCCAGAGAUGACCAGAGACUUUUGUCUGCCUCCUCUGAUGGAACUGUUCGAGAGUGGAACGUGGAGAAGUUUUCGGAAACGGCACAGAAGGUGCUCCCCCACCCGUCCUUUGUGUACAGUGCUCAGUAUCACCCUAUGGCCCAGCACCUGGUGGUGACGGGCGGCUACGACUGCCUGGUGCGCGUGUGGAGGCUGGACGUCGAUGACGUGAAUGGCCAGCUGCUGCGGGAGUUUGAGGGCCACAACAGCUUCAUUAACAAUCUUUGUUUUGACUCCGAAGGGACGAGAAUGUUCUCUGCAGACAAUGUGGGUCGCAUCACUGUGUGGAAGACUUCAGUAAAUGACGGCAGGCGGCAACCGUCGUGUCAUCGUUGGUGUAUAGAGAAGACGUUUGAUGAGCGUGAUCUCAGCGGCGUCCCCAUCAACAGGCUGCAGCUUCAUCCAAACGGGCGGUGUCUCCUCAUCCAUGCCAAAGACAGUAUCCUCAGGAUGAUGGACCUGAGAAUUUUGGCUGUAAAAAAGUACACCGGAGCCACAAACUACAGAGAGAGGAUUUAUAGCACUUUCACACCGUGUGGGAACUUCAUCUUUUCUGGCAGUGAGGAUGGGAUGGCGUAUGUCUGGAAUACAGACACAGGUGACCAACUCGCAGUGUACUCUGAGCUCUGUUACCCCACUGCCCUCCACGGUGUGUCGUUCCACCCUCACGAGAACAUGGUCGCCUUCUGUGGCUUUGGUCAGGGCCAGCCUGUCCAUGUUUACCAGUAUGACCACAAAGUCUCACAGCUGGAAGUGCACAAUAUAAAAACAGGGAGCAGAUCGGCUUCAGCAGACACCAGGACCACGAGAAACACACCUGAUCCUCCAGUGUUACAGGACAAAGCCGCAGCCAUCGACCAGUUCGCCCAAGCAGCAAGACGUGCGCUGAAAAUGCAACGUGUUCAAGAACAACUGGACUCAGUACUUGAGCCGAAUUACAGGUCUUAUUCUUCUGGAUACACCCGUGAGCAAGACAAGCUUCACACAGGGGGGAGGAGCUUAACAGCAGAUGCUGGCACAGUGGGAUUAAACGCAUCGUUACCACCUCCCUCUCUGCUGUCGCCGCAUUCCAAGCUGCAGCUCUCGGGUUCUUUGGCAGAGCAGCUUAUCCCACAGGCAGCACUGAGCACCCAAACACGCAAGUUCGUCCCAGUUGGUCAGCGUCUGAAAGGAGCUUCAUCUGUCAGGCUGCAGUCGAACCUUUCUGACCACGUCUUCCCUGGUGUCCAUGUGGAAACAGAUUCUUCUCCCGUUCAACAAGUUGUCGUCUCGCUGUACGACUACAAAGCCAACCGCUCUGAUGAGCUGACCAUACAACGCGGUGAUGUCAUCCAUGUGCUGUACAAAGACAAUGACAACUGGUGGUUUGGACGCCUGGCCAAUGGACAGCAGGGAUAUAUUCUUGCUUCUUAUGUCGUCGAUCAGAGAGACUUUAAAGACGACGUCAGUCAGUCCGUAGAAGCCCAUGCAGCCUUGUCUGAUGGGACAGUUGAGAGGUCAACACCAACCAGGGUGUCCGCUGCAAUUAGUUCUUCCGGGGAACUUAAGUUCCUUUCCGAGCCAAAUCUCUCUGACACUGAACCUGAGGUGACUGAUGCCACAACUCGAAGAAAAAAGAAAGUGAAGAAGCCCGGAGUCCCUGAACCCUCAUCCAGGACCACAGUCGUUUCAGGCUCGACCAGCAGCAGGAGGAGAGGCAGGUCAACAGACAGACCUCUCCCAGAGAGACCGACUGGACCGACUGGACAGACUAACAGUGCCUUUGAGCCUGAUACUUAA